AUGACUAACAACAAACAUCUUAAUGAUGUAACACAUCAUAUUUUAAAUAGAGACACAUCCUAUCUCAAUGACACAGACACAUCCUAUCUUAAUGUAACAGACACAUCCUAUCUUAAUGUAACAGACACAUCCUAUCUUAAUGUAACAGACACAUCCUACCUCAGUGACACAGAGACAUCCUACCUCAAUGACACAGACACAUCCUAUCUUAAUGUAACAGACACAUCCUAUCUUAAUGUAACAGACACAUCCUACCUCAGUGACACAGAGACAUCCUACCUCAAUGACACAGACACAUCCUAUCUUAAUGUAACAGACACAUCCUAUCUCAGUGACACAGAGACAUCCUACCUCAAUGACAAAGACACAUCCUAUCUUAAUGUAACAGACACAUCCUACCUCAGUGACACAGAGACAUCCUACCUCAAUGACACAGACACAUCCUAUCUCAAUGACGCAGACACAUCCUAUCUUAAUGUAACAGACACAUCCUACCUCAGUGACACAGAGACAUCCUAUCUCAAUGACACAGACACAUCCUAUCUCAAUGACACAGACACAUCCUAUCUCAAUGACACAGACACAUCCUAUCUUAAUGUAACAGACACAUCCUACCUCAGUGACACAGAGACAUCCUACCUCACAAGCUGUGGGCUUAAAGCUCUUCAUCUACUGACAAUGCAGAAUGCACGCAAGCUGUAA